UGGCUUUACAAGUUCGUUGUAUUUUUUGCAGAAAACAAUAAUCUCAAAUUUUGUCACGUGUUUAGUCAGAAAUGUUGUCAAAAAACAGAGGUCAAACCAUAUAAUCAUAUAUUUAAUUGUAAACUGAACUCUUGAAGAGCAGUCAGAAAAAAAUGAAUGAUGAAGAAAUUAAAGAUUUUUUCAUGGAUCCAAUGGUUACAGCUUAUAUUGAGUCAUUUAUGGAGGCUCACUGUUCAAUAUUUACAUGUGACGAGGAAGUUCACCCAGAUCAUUUAGCUAGACAUAAAGAAUACUCAGAAAUGAUGAAACAUUUAUUAAGCGAUUCAAAAAUCAAUUAUCAACAGCUAAAACAAUCGCUUAACAUACUACUGACAAAUGAAAAGAAAUCUUUAAAUUCAAUAUCUUAUAUAAUAGCCUGUUGGAAUUUCAAGUUAUUUUAUCAAAUUAUGACACUAGUGAAUAUUGAUUUACAAAUGGAAGCACUUUAUGCUAUUCAGCAAAAAAACAGCAGUUGUCAUUCAAAAUUAUUAAAUUGUUCAAUGGAUCAUACAACAGAGAUCAAUGAAAGCGAAAUUAAUAUAAUGCUGGCAGAGAAAUCUAACCAGAAAGAUGGAGUAAUAAAGAAUAUGAAAAAGACAAUUCAAAAUGAAUUCGAUCAACCUAACAUUGUACAAGAUAAAAUAAAUUUAACCAAUGAUCAGCCGAAAAGUUACUUCUCCAUACCAUCAAACAGUGAUGCAGAUACUAUAACUUCCAUUGAAGUAAGAUCCAAGCGUCCAUCAAACUCUGUGUUAUCAACGAAUUGGACAUUAGAUCAUGAUAAACUGAAUGGCAUACCUGCUAAUCAACAGAAUAUUUCUAAACUAUCAAAGCCAACCAGAGAUGAAAUUAUCGCAAAACAAGAAUUCUUACGUAAACAACGUGAUCUAUUAAUUGAAAUGAGACGUAAACAACGUGAACAGUUAUUCCCUAAUCAAUGGAAGACCUUCAAGACUACUGAUAAUCAAAACGUCAGCGAUAUUAUACAUGAUAAUUCAGCUUCAGUGAGUGUACAAGACGAUGAAAUAAUGAAAAGACGUCGUCAACUCUAUGAAAAGCUUAAAGUUGAAGUUAUCAAUAAGAACAGUACUGGAAAUAUAUCGUGA